AUGUCUCUAAACAAUUUUCAGCAAUACAAGAGUAAAGAAUCGGGGGCUCUAGAUACCAAUCCGCAAAAUCGUCCUAGAUAUGUUCAGAAAGUGCAAUCGAUCCCACAAGCAGAAAUAUGGCGAAACAUAGUCCUUGGAGAGAUCUCAUCCAAAUUAACCCAAAUUAACGACUCACAAACGAGUGAUGUACGUCUUCGAGAGUUGAACGAUGCAUUGAAUCAGUUGUUUAAAGAAAAAAGAAGUUGGGAGUAUCAUAUAAAGAAUUUAGGGGGAAAUGACUACAUCCAUAACGUCAAAGAUAUGAUAAAUUCAGGAGUCAAUGUUGCUGGAUGGAGAUACUUUGGUCGAGCAAAAGGGCUACCCGAUGUAAAGAAAAUGAUUGAGGAGAAGAAAGGACAGAUUGAAAAGCAGAAUGGAGGUGAAUCAACUAAGGAUCUUGAAAAGAGAUUGGAUGAUCAUUAUUACGGAAAACUAAAGGACAGUAAGCAUCUUCUUGAUUAUGAAUCGAAGCAAAGCGAACAGCUACUAAAAAGAAAAGAGAGUGAGAGGACUCCAAAGGUAUCACUCAGUGAGCUACCUAAUCAAGAGCAGAUUACAGAAUGGUUAGCGGCGAAGAAUAUAUAA